AUGGAUACGGCUCCUCGGGGUGCCCACGAUGACAGUGAAAUGAAUUACCAGUCACACCUUCUUUCAUCUACCCAUUUUGCCUCCAGCAAUGUUCUCUACCAGCCAGUACUAAUUUUUAUCUCUUGGUGUCUUCUACUCAGAGGAGCUUUUUCAGAAGUUUUCCUGGUGAAGCAAAGGGUAACUGGGAAGCUCUUUGCCCUGAAGUGCAUCAAAAAGUCGCCUGCCUUCCGGGACAGCAGCCUGGAGAAUGAGAUCGCUGUGUUGAAAAAGAUCAAGCAUGAAAACAUCGUGACCUUGGAGGACAUCUAUGAGAGCACCACUCACUACUACCUGGUCAUGCAGCUUGUUUCUGGUGGGGAGCUCUUUGACCGGAUUCUGGAACGGGGUGUCUACACAGAGAAGGAUGCCAGCCUGGUGAUCCAGCAGGUGUUGUCAGCAGUGAAAUACCUCCACGAGAAUGGCAUCGUCCACAGAGACUUAAAGGUGCCAAGGCGGGGCCCUCAGUGGGAAACAGGGAAUGACCCUUUAGGAAGCUGCAUGAGUCAUGAGAAGUCUAAGCUCUGUAAAAUGAGAGGGUUAGACUAG